CUUUUUCGGAAAGCUAAGACUUGCGCGCUCUUCCUCUUUUCUUUUCUUUCAUUCCCUUCCUUUUUGCUCUGCCUAAAAUUUCCCACAUGUAUAGCUCUCACGAUUUAAAGCGUAAAAUUAACCCUGAACCAACACCGAUGGUACAUGCCGCAAAACGUCCAGCGACAGACCAUCUUCCGAAUACCACCCAUUCAUUCACAGCACCACUAUCACAGCCGCUAUAUCAAGAAAGUGGCUUUGGGGGUAGCCCGAUACCUCCGAUCAGCACUACCAAUAUGCCCCGAUGCAAAAGCCCACCGCUGGGUAUGACUCUAGCCCAUUUUGAUUCGGCAUCAGGAGGCUAUUCAACUUCACUUUUGAAGACGGAAAACUCUACUGAUUCCCCCAUUUGCAGUGGCAUGACGCCGGCUUAUAGACCGGCCAUGGAACGUUGGGGUUCGUGCAUGUUAUAAAUUUAUUGAUUUCACCGUGCAAUACUAGUCAAAAACUUUUUGAACAUCGCUUUGGAAUAAAAAAGAAGAGCAUUGAGAAACGGCAAUCCAUCCCUAAAUAGGGUAUAUUCAUAACCAUUCUAUAUCAAAAACAUA